UUUUUCCCUUCAAAGUUUAUUGCAGUACUAGUUGAUUUUGUGUAUUAUGAAAUGUGCAGUAACAUGAUAUGCUUGCUAUACAAUUCAUGAUCCUGUGAGUACUUCCUAGUUCCUAGAUGACAUUCAAUUUCUCUACCAUUUUUAUGAUGUAUCAUAAUCAUAGGAUUUUUAUGUUCUGCUUACUGUGUUAAUUAGCAUUGUGAGGCAGAAUUAAAAAUCAUCAACAUUGCAUGAUUCCUGAAUAUAUGCUCCCAAAAAAAGGCAUCCCGACAUAUUUUUCAUUCUGACCGACAAUCGUUACAAAUGUAUUGGUAUUAGAAUCUUGGUUGGUUUACAUAGAGAUAGGCAGAAAAGAAUGUUUUGGAAUAAAUACUGAAAUUGUUCACAAAUAUUUAUUGUAAGUAAAUGAUUUUUAUCAUAUAAUAAAUAUGUUCACUUAUAAGAAGUACAAUGUGCUAUACUAUAAUCAUUUUAAUCAAAUUACAAGUACAUGUUAUAUACAUUUUAAUUUAAUAGAAUUUGAAACCAUAGAUUAUAAAUAAUGCAUACAGAAACGUGUUUCACAAUUUUAGCAGGGACGUAGCAUAAAUUUUCAAAAGGUGGAGCAGCCAGAAAUAAAUAUCAAGCAAAGAACUCACCCCAAAGAAAUGUCAGUUAAAGGGGUGCAUGGGGGUGUUAGCAUGCAUGAGUUGUUUUAAGGAAGUACUCUACAUUGUUAUAAUGGCUGACUUCCUUUUAAAACAUGGAUGAAAAUAUAAAUAUAAGCAAUAUUUCUGUAUUCUUUUAAAAUUUCAUUGCCUAGCUGAGUAGCUCAGUAGGUUAGCACGUAAAAAUAAAAGAUUUAAAAAAACACGUAAAACAACUCAUGCAGCCCCCCCCCCCCUUCCUCUCCAACAAUUUGCAAAAUAGUACUAUCAAAAGUGGCAACCCCCCUGUUUGAAAAUUUUCUGUAUCAGCUCAUGCAAAUAAUGAUAUGGAAUUCAUUUGGUACAAUUUUAAAUAUACAUUAGCCAGGAAUUCUGUGAAAGCACUAACAGUAGUAUGACAAUACCUUUUAGGGUUGGUUAUGUGCUAUAUAUAACACACUGUCACUUUAGAUUUCAUCAUCAUCACCAUGUGGAUCACUGGUUACACAAAAUGUAUCUUUUUUCUUCGUUGUUGUAAUUUCAGACUGCUCAGGAUACAUAUUGCUAUUUCACAGUCAGUGUCAAUAUAUUUCAAAGUUUGAAAGUUUCACUUUUUUGAAAUAUUUAUAGUCGAUAAUUUCCAUCCAUGAUGAUUGCACUUGGUUUGUUACACCUGGCAGUAAAUAAACUACAAUUAAAGCUGAUUUAGACAGAGUGAUGUUCCUUGCUUGGAUGGGUUACCUGUUACAUUAAUAAUGAGCAGAUGUCACCACGGUUUUUAAGCCCCGAGGACACGUCACUAUUAUAAUAGCACUGACAGUUCAAAUUUACUCACAACAAUUUCUGCCCUCAGAGGAAUCUUGUGUAAAUUUUUUUUUUUCCUUUUUUGGGAUGGAACAUUUUUUUGUACAUAGUUUGGCAGUUACGCCAUGUAGAUGCACAAUUCCUGUGGUUUUCUUGGUGUGAGAUUUCUAGAAGAAUUUUUAAACACAGGUUAGAGGAUGCAAAUUGUUUUUGUUUUCUCUUCAUGUCAAAAAAGGAAGGAGCCCAUUUGUGCUCAUAUGACUUCAACGUGUGUAGUAUUUAUUGAUGCCUGAACAAAACUGGAUUUAUUAUUGUGCAAAAUCUAUAUGAAAAAAAUUUAUAACCAUCAUCUAUGAAGAUAAUUCAUAUUGGAUAUUAGUACUGCUGUUGUAAAAAUAAAACGUUUUAAGGUGAACGUUUCUGGUGGAGAAAUGGAUUGACGAAUGUUUAUGCAGGUACCAUAUCAAUUUAAAGCCUGUUCUUGAAUUUCCCAAAUACUUGAUGGGAGCUCAAGCGUUGGUUAGAUGUAUCAAAUUCUGUAGUUUCCAACCUAUUGUUAAAAGGAGUAUUUAUUUUAGCCGUAAUUUUGAUUUGAAGACACAGUUAGAGGCCAAAUGAAGUAAACGGACUAUAUUUACUUCACUGUGUGAAACCCACCAGAUUCAAUGAUUGUGAAUAUUAUUGCACCAAAACGAUAUAAGUACUUUUAAGGAUAUGUUCCCAGUAGAACUCAGCAGUGGUAGUUUAAUUUGAUCUCAUUAGAGGUACUUGCAGGUCGACCAAGAUAAGAGCAGGUAAAUAGGAAUUUGCUUAAAGUGUCGUAGACUCGACAGUUUGAUAACCAGUUUAACCUCGGAGAUAGGUUGGCACGGGGUAUAUACCAAUCAGGAGAAAACAAGCUGUAAAAUUUGCUGUGUAAACGCACUGACAGAUUGUUGACAUAUUAAUAUUCCUCCAGAAUAUUCAAAGAGGGCCGUUCAGCUUGUGCAUGCUUAAGCUUUGCUGCACUUUGUAAUGUUGGAAUUCAUGAAGAUUUUGAAAACCUGUGAAGUUUAGUGCAGUGCUGUUGUUUUUACUUCUCCGAUAAAACUUGAAAUUUAGCAUUGACCAUGAUCCAAGCAGGAAACCUUAACAUUGUCCAGAUUGGUGGAGGUCGUGUCAAGGGCAAGGUCAUUCGAGGUCGCUCUCAGAGCACAUCUGCGGUGCCCCAGAAGGAGCUGACAGACAUGCAAAACAGUGAGGGAUCAAACCCUCCAGGUGCGACCACUCCAGAGACCCCCGUACCAGACUAUGAGGAGGACUCCGAGGAUGUGAAACUCCGACCGAAGCAAUUUAGAUUUGUCCGACAGUUCAGCAGUGUUAUCAGCAGUAUUAAAUCCAUAGAUGACAGCUAUGACUUGCCCGAGCCAGAACCUGACUAUCAGGACGAUGAUGUCAUUGACGCACCGACCGAAAAAGAGAACACCAUGGAUAUGCUGUCGCACUCGCUGAAUGAGCAAGUGAUUUUACGUGAGAGGAAAUCCUCAAAUUCAGAUGUAGACAAGAGACUUUCUGAUCCAGGAAAUGAAGAAUUACUCAUAAAACCAAAGAAGCUUGCCAAUCCAUGUGUAGCUUCCCCGACCCGCAUGGCUCUGCACAAGGAGCUGCUUCAUAACUACAAAAUGGGUAAAAACAUCUUAGAAAAAUCAGAGCUAAACAAAGUGUUUGACAAAGUGAAGGAAAAACACCGAACACAGGAGUGGGAGUCCCAAAAGAAACCAAACAAGAGAACCAGUUUAGAACUCAAGCUCGAGCAGCAGGCAACACGGCUCAAAGAGCAAGAAGAUUCCAUGAAACCAAUCAAAGAGAAGGAGGAAACCGAGUCAGAACUCUCACGAAUCCAAUCCAAAAUUCUCAGCAGAUCCAUGAAUGGCUCAACAGUGAAAUAACAUGCAGAACAGAAAUCCCAUCAUUAUCAAUAUUCAUCGAAAAAAUGUUCAGAGUGAAAGAAAGUGAUGUCAAAAUAUUUUUUUUUAAUCUGAUGUAUAUUUGUUCCCCCUGAUUGUUAACUCUCGUUUAUGUUGUAUGCGGAGUUUAGAAGUGUUUAUAUUUAAAUAUGUGCAUGAAUGGAUGUACAUUUAAUUUUCUUGUUUUUAAUCUGUGAAUCCCUUCACAAGCUUAAGUUUGAAAGAUAUAUAACUUCUUCUCCAUUUGCAAACAGAGUCGGGAAUUAUGGGGCAUUGAACACUAUAUUUGUGAUGUGACCAUUAUUUGUAGAUCACAAGUCCAAUACAGAUGCAUUCUGGGAUCAGGAAGAUUAUGUCUUGAUACACUAUAAGGGAACAUUGCUGCAUUCCUUUGUAUGUUGGGAGAACAGUAUUGUGAUUAAUUCUAAUAAUGUCAGGAAGAGCAUUUUUUGUGUGUUGUAAAAAUAUUUUAAAUUACUUAUGAAUGAUGUAAAAUGUGAGGUUUCUGUUGAAUUAAUGUGGAUACAUUUUUUUUGUAAAUUAUUUUUUUCAUUUUCAUUUUUCAAUCAAAUAUUAAUCAUCUCGCAACAACCCAGUUAUAAUUCUUAUGAAUGAUGUCAAACGUGAGGUUUCUGUGGAUAUAGGAUAGAUACAUAUAAUUUGUAAAUCUUUUUUUUUUAAAUUUCACACAAUGGAAAUUUUCCGAUCACGUUUUAUCAGGUUGAAUGCCUGUUAAUCUGUCCACCUUACCAAUUUCAACUCCAUUGAAAAAACAUCCAUGUAGAUGAUCAAUACUUCAUGAGAAAAUAAUAAGCACGAGAGAGAAAAUUUGUAAUUUCUUAAGAACCACUGUACUAGAACUACCAAAUAAAUAAUAGUAUAUUACUCCCCAAUAAAUUCGGUGAAUAUUUGUCGAAAGUAAGGCUCUUAAGAGUUGGAAUCCAAGUUUCUUCAGAUAUAUCCCCAGCACAAAAGCAAUGCUCCCAUCCUCAGAUUGUUUAAAGUUUGUUUACUGAUCUUUUACUGGUCUAAACGUCAGACACCUGAAUUUGGUUCUGAAUUUUAACACUGGAAUCAUACUGGAGAUUCACAUACUAGUACUGCAUGCAAGCAUUUUCAUUAAGAAUAGAGUGGGUUUAAUUUUUGGCUCUUGGGCAUACAAAUAUUUUAGAUUAAAACUAUUUUAGUUGCCAUUUUGGUGUCAGAAUUUUGUUGUUGUAAAAUUGUGAUUUACUAUUUCAAAGACAGAAAAAGACUAAGGUUUAUAAACUUUUGUUAUUAAAAUUUGUGUUAUCCAGAGGUUUUGAAUGUUCAGCAAAAUUGCAUUAUUGUCUUCCCGUACAAAAAUUGAUUUCUAUAUAAUGCUAUAUAUAUACAUGUAUUCAAUAGAACUGAAAUCUUUAUUUUGAUAAAAUCUUAGUUUUAAUUUUAUCAAUGACUGGUUCAAGUUACACACUAAACUAUUAUAAUAGCACAUUUUUACAACAAAAUAAAAUUUUCAGAUUUAGAAGUAAUAUUGCUUCAAAUUCUCAGAUGAGCAUUGUAACCUGAAGACCUUGUUUCUGCAGACUACAUUGAUUUUAUCUAUGAUAUUUAGAGCACAACAAUAUAUGGUGCAGUUUUCUGUGAUGAAGCCUCCAGAUUUUCUCCAUUCGGUAUCUGUUGUGGGCUUUCUAGCAUGCAUAUUUAAUAUGAUCUUUGAGCAGUUCACAUAUAGUCGUUCUACCAUCUAUUUUCUCAAAUUGGUAUCAACAAUAGUCUGCAAAAAAAGUCAUAAGAAUGUUGUAACUUUUCCUACUUAGUUAAUUGUAAAGAAGUUGGUGUUAACAUAAUAGUUGAACUUUCAUGUAUUAUGUAUAAUAUUACCAAUAUAUUUACUCACGACUACAAAAACGAAAACAACCAUGGGUAUCGGUAGAUGCCGUCUAGUAGUGUCGAUAGGAAAAGUGUGAAAUUUGAAUCAACACAUAUCACAUCAUUUGGUGCUACUCACAUUUAUAUAUAGAAGCACAGGAAAAAUAAGUAUGCAUAGAGUGCUUGUUCACACACACACAUACACCCCUUCAUAUAUAUCUCAUUUCUGUAAAGCAUGAUUUUGUUGCAUAUUACUAUUGUGUUUUUUGUUUUCUAACUCGGCCAAUGGAAACAUCUACAUUGUGCGAUUAGUCUCAAUCUUGUCUAUGUUGAAAUUCUAUCCAAACAAUUGACCAACUUUUAUAGUAUUAUGUUCUGUGAAAACAAGUUGACCUCAUUUAACAAUUUGUAUGCUAUAUGAAUUAUUUAUUAAAUGUUAAUCAAAAUCAAAA